AAAACAAAAAAAAGAAAAAAGAAAAAAAGCUUUCAACAAAUAGAAAGAAAGAGAGAAAAAAACUCAGCUAUACUUACAGCUAUAUCUAUACACAUUUCUAUCAAUAACAUUUUAGGGUUUCAUUUUUCAUAAUUCAAUUCAAUUCCUCCCCAAUUUUCAAUUCCAUUCAAUUCAAUUACUUUCACAAAUACAAACCCUAAUUUUGCAACCUUUUUUUCACAAUAAAUAAAUAAUUUGUUAAAAUUAUGGGAGCACCAGAGAAGUUAACUGCUUCUAACAAUAAUUCUAUGCAGAGAGUGAAGGUAUAUCGAUUAAAUGAUGAUGGGAAAUGGGAUGAUCAAGGGACAGGGCACGUCACUAUUGCCUUUCUAGAGAGGUCUGAAGAAUUAGGCUUGUUUGUUAUCGAUGAAGAAGAUAACGAGACAUUGCUUUUGCAUCAUAUUAGUUCAGAUGAUAUAUAUCGGAAGCAAGAAGAUACAAUAAUUUCGUGGAGGGAUUCUAAGUAUUCAAGUGAAUUAGCUCUUAGCUUUCAAGAGACUACAGGGUGUACGUACAUAUGGGAUCAAAUUUGCAACGCGCAGCGCGAUCACCAGAUUGAAACUCUCCGCAAUGAUACAUAUAAUGGGGCUAACAAUGAGUUGAGGGAGUUGCCUGCAGUAGAGUUAUCGACUCUUCCUUCCAUACUUAAGGUUGUAGUUGGCAGUAGUGUUACCGAUCAGUUGUGUGUAACAGAGCUCAUACUGCAUGACCAUAUUUUUUUCCGGAAGCUGAUGGAUUUGUUUAGUGUAUGUGAAGACUUGGAAGAUAAGGACGGCCUUCACAUGAUAUAUAAAAUUGUCAGAGGGAUCAUUCUACUCAACAGUCCUCAGAUAUUUGAGAAAAUAUUUGGUGAUGAGUUAAUAAUGGAUAUUAUUGGAUGUCUAGAAUAUAACCUGGAGAUACCUCACGUCCAUCAUCGCAACUUCCUCAAAGAACAUGUUGUUUUUAAGGAGGCCAUACCAAUUAAAGAUCCACUAGCGUUAUCAAAGAUUCAUCAGACAUACAGAAUCGGCUAUCUUAAGGACGUUGUGUUGCCUAGGGUAUUGGAUGAUGCCACAGUUGCGAGCCUUAAUUCUAUGAUUCACUCGAAUAAUGGAAUGGUUGUCACUUUAUUGAAAGACGAUAGCACUUUUAUUAAGGAAUUGUUUGCAAGGUUAAAAUCUCCUACUACGUCUCCUGAUUCCAAGAGAAACUUGGUAUUUUUCUUGCAAGAGUUUUGUAUCCUAAGCAAGAGCCUGCAGGUGGUCCAACAGCUGCGGCUAUUCAGAGAUCUAGUGAAUGAAGGCAUAUUUGGUGUCAUUACGGAUAUUUUGCAGAGCGAAGACAAGAAACUUAUUUUGACUGGGACAGACAUUCUCAUUUUUUCCUUGAGCCUGGAUCCAACUUUGUUACGUUCUUAUAUUAGUCGGCAGGAAGGUGUCCGGUUAUUCGGGCUUCUGGUGAAAGGGAUGCUUACAGAUUUUGGGGAUGAUAUGCAUUGCCAGUUUCUUGAAAUAAUUCGAAGUCUGCUUGAUUCUUUUUCUUUACCAGGACAGAGAGAUGGCAUUGUUGAAAUCUUCUAUGAGAAGCAUUUGGAUCAACUAAUCAGCGUAAUAACAUCAUCAUGCCUUCCAAAUGAUGCUUCUGGUGUUGGUCUUCAAUCCAAGCAUUUUAAUGGAAUUUAUGCAAGUGCAAAGCCUGAAAUACUUUUAAACAUAUGUGAUCUUCUAUGCUUCUGCGUUCUGCACCAUCCGUAUAGAAUAAAGUCCAACUUCUUGCUCAACGGUGUGUUAGGUAAAGUAUUAUAUCUCACUCGUAGAAGGGAAAAGUAUCUUGUUAUUGCAGCUGUGCGGUUCAUCCGAACGCUAAUCUCUCACAAUGAUGAACAUCUUGCGAGUUAUAUUGCGAAGAACGAUGUAUUUAGACCAAUUAUUGAUGCUUUUACUUAUAAUGGGAGUCGUUAUAAUUUGUUGAACUCCGUAGUUCUAGAGCUAUUUGAGCAUAUCCGUAAGGAGAAUUUGAAGACACUACUUACGUAUGUAGUUGAAACCUUUUGGGACCAGUUGGUCAAAUUUGACUGUUUACCUUCCAUUCAAUCUCUCAAAGUUAGGUAUGAUCAGAGUCAGGAGCAUGCAUCAAACCAAAAUGUACAAGUUUCUAAAAGACAUGUUGAAGAGCGUGUGUUGGAAAAGGACGAAGAGGAUUAUUUCAACAAGGAUAGUGAUGAAGAAGAUUCUGCAUCUGCAUCAAUGCCUCGCACCACCCGGUCACGUGCACAACCUGGUUUAUCUAACGGUUCUGAUGGCAGCUGUCCAUCGUUAAGGCCUGGUGGACUAGUUGAUUAUGAAGAUGAUGAGGAUGAUGAAGACUACAAACCACCGCCUAAGAAGCAGCUGGAAAAAUCUGAAGACGCUGAAGAAAGUAUAGAGUUGAGAUUAAAAAGAAAACUUUUGGCUGCAAAAGAACCUAAACAUAUUAGAAAGCGUCAGCUAGGUGGGAAAAACCCCAGAAUAAAAGAAAGUUUAUUUGCUACAUUAUGCUCGACUUUGAGUCAUGCAGUAUCGCCUCCUCUGAAAUCAAUGAGUGGUACACAGACCACGCAUGAUACGAUCCAUGAAGAGAAUGGUUCUGUAAGCCGAUCUGAAAAUAGUGAACACAAGAGUGAAACGAGUGGGGAGGAAACCAUAUCUGUAAGCCAACCUGAGAAUCAUAGUCAAGAAAGUAGAGAUGAAAAAGGGGUUACAGGUCUCUAGUAGCCAUUUUGAUUGCCACACCGGGAACAGUUGCCUCGGUUAUAUUACCCGAGUUACAAUAUACAUAGCCACAUGUUAAAAAAGGAGUUAUACGCCUUUAGAAGUCCAAUGCUGCCACUUGGGGAGCUUUUUGAACAAAGAGACGUAUGGCAGAAAAGUGAGAACAAUUCCUGACAAGAUCUGCGGUCAGUUGUGUAUUCUUGAUGCUUUCAGCAUAUGUACAAACCCUCUGUUAAUGCUAAACUUCUUACCUCACAUUUUUUUCCCUAGCUUUUAUCAACUAUACUUUUAGAAAACUGAACUGUUUUUGUAUCAUGUCUGUAUUUAAAACGGGGAAAAGUUAUGAGUUAGGUAAAAGUAGGGGCAAAGACGUCCCUUUAGGAGAUGUAGUUUGACAUGCAGUAUAUGCUGUACAUUGCAGUUCCGAAAGGAAACUAAGAAAUUUCAGCUAGAUUUGAUUUUA